AUGAGGCCAAAAAAGGUUCUUAUUCUGGGGUCAGGAGGACUGUCUAUUGGACAGGCAGGAGAAUUUGACUACUCGGGAUCACAGGCAUUAAAAGCACUUCGUGAGGAGAGAAUCCAAACUGUACUGAUCAACCCAAACAUUGCUACAGUGCAAACAUCUAAAGGAAUGGCUGACAAAACUUAUUUCCUGCCAAUCACACCUCACUAUGUUACCCAGGUUUCUGGGAUGAAGCCUAGCAAAUUUAAGAAAAAGAAAUUACCUGAACCUGUAUUUAAGGUCACAGGGGUAAUUAGAAACGAGCGACCAGAUGGCAUUCUGCUGACGUUUGGAGGUCAAACAGGACUAAAUUGUGGUGUUCAGCUAACCAAACUGGGCACACUGGAAAAAUUUGGGGUCAAAGUUCUUGGCACCCAAGUUGAGUCAAUCUUGUGGACUGAAGAUCGUAAAGUUUUUGCUGACAAGAUGGCAGAGAUUGAUGAAUAUGUAGCUCCUAGUGAGGCAGCUUACAACACAGAACAGGUGGUACAAGCAGCUGAGCGCCUUGGAUAUCCAGUGCUAAUUCGAGCAGCAUUUGCAUUGGGUGGUCUUGGUUCAGGAUUUGCUGAAAACAGGGAUGAACUUCUAACACUCGCUAACUCUGCAUUUGCUCACACGAGUCAAGUUCUGAUUGAUAAAUCACUGAAAGGCUGGAAGGAAGUUGAAUAUGAGGUGGUUCGGGAUGCUUACGACAACUGUAUCACGGUGUGCAAUAUGGAGAACGUAGAUCCACUUGGAAUCCAUACUGGUGAAUCAAUAGUGGUAGCACCAAGUCAGACACUCACCAAUACUGAUUACAACAUGCUUCGGUCUACUGCAAUCAAGGUUAUCCGUCACCUGCAGGUUGUAGGAGAAUGCAACAUUCAGUAUGCCCUAAACCCAGAAUCUCAUCAGUAUUACAUUAUUGAGGUAAAUGCCCGUCUGUCUAGGAGCUCUGCCCUGGCCAGUAAAGCCACUGGCUAUCCUUUAGCCUACAUAGCAGCAAAGCUAGCCUUGGGUAUGUCCCUCCCUGAUCAACCAAACUCAGUGACAAGUUCAAAGGACUAUACCACAACAGCCUGCUUUGAACCCAGUCUCGAUUAUUGUGUGGUGAAAAUUCCUCGCUGGGAUCUCAAGAAGUUCUCACGUGUGUCAACAAAGAUCGGAAGCUCUAUGAAGAGUGUUGGGGAGGUAAUGGCUGUCGGACGCAAAUUUGAGGAGGCCAUACAGAAAGCCCUUCGCAUGAUGGAUGACACAAAGGAAGGCUUUGAUCCCUACCUGAAGGCUGUAUCUGAAAGC